AUGUCUGAGCAAAAGGCUCCUACAAUGAAGCGGUGGCCAUAUUUAUCUGCCAGCAUACCUUUACGGCCGAGCGCUCUCAAAUUUGUGGUUGGGGCAUUCGUUAUCACUGUUGCGCUGUUGACAUGGACAAAAUACGACUCAUUUUCACAGACUCUGGACAAUCUCUCAUACGACUGGUCAGUAUGCCAACCAGACAUCGUCUCCUCUGUCGUCGAGCCCGCCGUUGAAGCGCAACCUGAAGAAUCACACAACGGAACGAAUGCUAUGCAGUCUUUGCUGCCUCUCAAAGAAGCCGAGUCACUCUGCGCCAAACACGAAAUGAAGCCAUAUCCUCGACGAGAAGGUCAUCGUAAAGUCUACGACCUAUUCCUGGUCGGCACCGAGCUCGACUGGACGGAAAUCAGGUUGAAUGAACUUGCACCAUACGUGGACUAUUUUGUGAUUCUGGAGGCUGAAAACACGUUCACGAACCAGUCAAAGCCAAAAUACUUUAAGAAGAACUGGAAGCAUUUCUCUCAAUUUGAGUCCAAGAUAAUCUAUCAUGUGCUCAAUGAAGAUGCAAUCAGGCAUGAGGGCAACCCCUGGCAGCGUGAAAAGUAUCAGCGAAACGCACUUGUCACGCAAGUUUUCCCUAACUUGCUUGGUGACAAGGCUCCUCAGAUGGGUGAUGUGAUUAUGGUGUCAGACGUGGAUGAACUACCACGGCCGGAAACGAUCACAAAACUACGAAACUGCGACAUUCCUGCUCGAACUGGGCUUCAGAGCCGUUUCUUCCUGUAUUCAUUCCAACUACGUAGAACUGACAUGGAAUGGUACCAUCCACAGGCUACAUUCUGGCAAGGCGAGAAGACAAUCUUGCCAGAAUCGCUUCGAAUGGACGGAGUAGCAUAUCAAUUUGGCAAUGCAUCUUGGCACUGCACGAAUUGUUUCUCAACCGUGGCAGAUUUUGUGACCAAGAUCAAGUCGUUCAGUCAUACCGACUACAACAAGCCGGAAUUUGCCGAUCCGGAUGAAAUUGUACGGCGGGUUCGCAACGGACUCGACGUCUUCGAUAGAGAUUACCCGUAUCAGAGGGUCGAGUCAAAACAGAUGGACGCGCCGCGAUAUGUAAUUGAGAACAGGAGGAAGUUUGGAUAUCUUGUCGAUCGAGAUCCUCCUAACGCCAAUCUCUACGACUACUCUGCUACCGACGAUCAAGAUGGGUACGACAAGAGUGAGGUUGAUGACUCUCUCGUUCCAUAUGUUCCAGGCAGCUAG